UGGACGUUCAAACCAGUCCAGCCAAAUGGUGGCCCACAACCCAGAUGGAGCUCCACCGUUGACCCCUGCCCCCUCUUUCAUCCUCGCUGUGUCUUCGCAACCGACCGGCCUUCCUCCAUUCCACCGAACCCUUCUUGGAGAGAGAUAGGGCGCUUCGUUCGUUCGUUCGUUCGUUCGUACACCUUUCUUUGGGUAGAUCAUCUUGUUCGCUUUCUUCCAAUUUGCCGCUCACUCGUCUUACGACAUUUCAUUUUCUUUACACUUUUUUUUUGGGUCUCAAUACACCCUCUCUUAUUGGGUAUCCAUUCGAGUCGUCGCAAUAUACGUGAAGGAACAUGGACGAAUUUGGUGUUUUGGUUGAAAGUAUCGGAUUCAAAUCGCAGGGGAAAUCGGCCCCAAUGGCCGAUUUGAAGAGCAAAACCGACGUCAACGGUGGUGUUUCCCGAAAUUUCGCGGGUUUUCACGCGAAAUCCUCGGCAGUGAAUCGGCCGAAAUCGGUGCAUAAGUCGAGUUCCGCCAAUGGGUCCUUCCAUAGUGGUGAUCUCGACGGAAUUUUCCAAUCCGGUAGUAAUCGGCAACAGAAGAAUUACGAUGGGUUUGACGACGUAUUUGGUGGACCUCCGAAGCCAUCGAGCGGUGAUGGUUUUGAUCUGGAUUCCUUCUUCAAGGGUUCGAACAAUUAUGGUUCGCAGUCAUCUUCUAUAUAUAAUGACGAUAAUGAUGACUUAUUUGGUGUGAUGCCCGGGUUGAAGAGCUCGGGAUUGGCUGGGUCUGAUGAUGUGUUUGGGUCUAUGGCAUCGCCGUCUAGCCAGAGUGUUCCAGUUGAUGACUUGUUAGGGGAUUUUGGUGGAAUGGGGUUGGGAUCAAAUGGUUCUAGGAGGAAAUCACAAGAUGUGAAGAAGAAUGCCCAGGAAUUCGAUGAUUUGAUACCAGGUUUUGGUGGAACCAGCCCUUCAAGGAAUGGGUAUGUGCUAAUCCUUAUUCAUUUUAACGAUCCUGCAUUGGUUCUGUGA